GAAAUGGCGACCCGCCUCUCUUUUCACUCACAGCUCUCCUCCAUCAUGGAGACAAUGGCCAGGUCUGCCUUGAGCCAGGUCUGCAAGCUGGUUGAUGAAGAAUCGGCUGAGCUCCGGCUGGGCUUGACUCAGCUCCUGGCUGCCAAUUCCGCCCUGGCAGAUAAAGUAAACAGUCUGGAGUGCGAGCUGAUGAUUGUAAGAAGCGACGCACCGCGGUUGUGUAAAAAUUAUCGCAGCGUAGGUGUACAAACAGUCUGCCACAGAGACGGGGACGCUCAUGUGCCCGAGUCGCCCACCAUAGAGGGGAUCUUUGGAAAAGAUUGGUGUAUGAACCUGUGGAAAGACAGAAACCCAUACAGUCUGGAGAGAGACUCGCCACACUCCUCUGAAGGAUCUGUGGUGACGCUGUCCAACCAAAUUACUGUGACUGAGAUCAAAGAGGAGGAUUAUGUGGAUGAUGUUGCCAGCAGCUGCCAGCAGGUUGCAUUUAGUACAGAAGAACAUGAAGAAAACAUGGCUGAGGGACCAGAGCUACUGUCCGUCGAUUACUCGGGCAGCACUUGCAGCCUGCCAUUUGAUCAGGAUGGAGAACAGGUUGCGUGUGCAGGUGGUAUUGAAGAUGGGAACAUGCAGUUUAUAGCAAUCAAUGACACAGGGGAGGCCUUCAGCACUCAUAUAAUUCCAAUUGAAGAGGAGGAUGAGGAGGAGGAUGAUGAUGUUCAAUUUGUUGAUGAAAGUCAGCAAGACCCAAUAAUGAAUGCUGUAGGUGGGCCCAGCCACGACGAAGAACACUUAUUACUUGAAAACAACUCUGAAAACAGCACUGAUCUGGAUAAAUAUUUACAUGAUGAUUUUAAUAUGCUUAAUGUAGAAAUCGUCAGUGAACUAGAAAAAGAAAAAUUCACAUGCCAAAUAUGUGGCAGGACAUUUUUUCACAAGGGCACUCUAACGCACCACAUGAAGUCACACAAGGCCAACUUUUGCAGCAUUUGUAAGCUGCAUCUCCCUCGCAGGAGCAAGCUCAAGUCACACAACUGUGUGCCUCCAGUUCCCACUCGUAGAUCCAGUAAAUCAUGUGACCUGUGUGGGAAGUCCUUUGCAAACCAGUCAGCUCUGAGGAUUCACUAUCUGGUCCACACAGGAGAAAAACCACACAGGUGCAGCCUGUGUGGGAAAGGGUUCACCCAGAAAGGCAAUCUAAAGUGUCACCUUCGUAUCCAUACUGGAGAGAGGCCGUUCAUCUGUUUUAAAUGUGGGAAAACAUUCACGCAAAAGGUCAACCUAAACCAUCAUUUAAUGGCACACAGAAAUCAUGAGAAAUCGGAGCCAGGAGACAUCUCAAAGGCUUGACGUGUGCCAGGGACCCACUGUGAUGCAAGAACUAGCUUUAUUUAUAAGAAUGCAUCAUCUGUUACUUCUGACAUUAGUGUCAUAUUUUAAUAACUUUGAUUCUGUACUACAGUGCUUUAAAGUGUCUUUGUCAGUUUAAGUGUUAAGCAUGUCAGUGUUAAAGCUGUUGUUUCUGUCCUUGCAAUAAAUACACACCUGUUCAUUUCA